GCCGCAUCCCAUUGUGACGCGGGGGGUUCUGUUAUAUUGUUACUGAGGCUGAGCAGGAGCAUGCCUGAGCCCGGCUGAGAGUAGGAGACAGGAGGAGGGGGCAGUAAGGAGAAGUGUCUCCUCAUCAUAUACAGCAGCUUUGUCUGAGAUUUCAUCACACUCAGCCGCUGUGUGUGAGUGAGGAGGAUGCGUGCACUGGGGGCAGCGGGGAGACAAAGCAGCACCUUCUGCCCACCUGACCGCUGAGGCUCCUGCGUGCGCUGUGCUGGUGAGAGCGAGACCCCACAGACAAUGCCCCGCAUAUAGCAGAGCUGAGCCCCGCCGCUGCUGCCACGUGUGGGGUGCCGCCGCUGUCUGACACAAGUUUGGGAAAGUGCGCUGCAGACACAGGAGGGGCAUUGUGUAGUGGAAGCGGGGAGGUCCCAGACUAGUGCUGUCUGAUGGAGAUGCUGAGGGGCUGGGUGCUGCUGAGGAGCGCCGCACACUGACAGACGCACCCGCACAGCGCCGCUGCUCUCCUCUCUCCCGCACCAGCCCGCCUCGGCAAUGACAGCUGUCGCCUACAUGGACUUCGUGGCUGCUCAGUGUCUGGUGUCUAUCUCCGGCCGCGCCACGGCGAAGCACCCCGAGGGGCAGCAGCAGGAGGUGCGGGGAUCACAGCCCCUGCCCUCAGCCCUGGAGAGCCCACCAGCACCUGCCACAGACGCUACCCUGCACCUGAGGAGGAUGGGCGAGCCGGAUCCGAGCCUGCACCUGCGGACAGUGCCCGAGCAGCAGCAGCCUGGGGGCAAUAAGGAGCACCACGAGGGGCCGGGGGACGCUUGGAAGGACUACUGCACCCUGCUGACUAUAGCCAAGAGCCUUCUGGACCUGAACAAGUACCGGCCCCUGCCCUCCCCCCCGCUAUACAGCGAUGAGGAGCUGAGCUCGGACAGUGACGUGACCACUGAGUCCGGACACAGCUACAGCAGCAGCAGCACGACUCCCAGCCGCACGGACUACAGCUCCGAAGCCGGCUCCACGCAACCACGCCCACACAGCCCGGACACGCCCGGCUCCCCGCCACGCCCAUCCAGCUCCGCCGGUGAGAAGCGGCACAGGUGCCCCUAUGCCGGCUGCGGCAAGGUCUAUGGCAAAUCCUCCCACCUCAAAGCCCAUUACAGAGUCCACACAGGUGAACGUCCUUUUCCAUGCACAUGGCCCGACUGCCUUAAAAAGUUCUCACGGUCCGAUGAAUUGACGCGCCACUACAGGACACACACGGGCGAGAAGCAGUUUCGAUGUCCCUUAUGUGAGAAGAGGUUCAUGAGGAGUGACCACCUGACCAAGCACGCCCGCCGCCACACAGAUUUCCAUCCCAGCAUGAUUAAAAGAUCCAAGAGGUCCAACUCGGCCUUUAUCUGAGUAUGUAAUCUGUGGGUAACCAAGCUGUCAUAUGAAAUCUCAGCUGCUGUACAUAUCAUCUUGCAUCCUCUCAAAGGAAAUGUAGCAGUUUAACAUUCAUGCUUCUGCAGCAGUGUAUUUAAAGGAAAUUGCUGCCCAGUUUCUUUUGGUGGCACACAACUCUAGGUAUAUUUUGUAGUGGUGUGAUCUGUACCAUCACGGUUUUGACUGUAAGAUCUUUUGUGCUUGCGCCGGCAUGCAUAUGUGUUUAUGAAAUAGAAACCACAAUGGAUUAGCUUUACAUUUGUCGAAGUGCAAGUAUGACGAUACGUGCACACACAUAUAAGGGAAUACUACGUUCAUAUGGUAUGAAGUCUGGAACGAAAGGAGCUGGUAUAGAACAUGCCUGAACCUGGUUUCUUGUGGAUUUAUGUCUUACAGUGUCUUGAAAUCUGUGUUUUAGUGUUGAUGGAAUAUUAGUCUCCCACUACUAUGGACCUUCGCAGUCGCCUCUGUUGACUGAACUCACAAGGUGCACUUUAUCGGACCUAUACCAUUCUUUACACAUUGGAGCGCGAUGAAAUGAAACAACCUAAAGCAAAUGAAGGGCUGGAAGACAUAGAUGAAAACUAUGCUACCAUCGCUCAUGUAUGUCAUAGGUUGGGGAACAACAGGUGUUAAAAGGAGAUACAAUGCUCAGUAAUCAAAUGUAGUGUUCACCAUCCAAGACACACGUCCUACCCAACAGUUGGGCAAGAUGCAUUUCUGUCUAGUUCGACUGCAUCUGCUGAAGAAUGAAAUACAGCUGGGUUAGGGACACUGAAUGAACUUAUAUGCCUUUACCCUGCAAGUAUAGAAUAAUUAUCCAACGGUCAGUUUAUUAUAACCAUAUGUUGCUAUGCACAUUUUAUUAUUAACAUAGCAAUGACAAGCAGUUCUUGCAAAACCAGAAUGUUUGACUCGGCUUUUGACAGAUACAUUGCUGUCUUUUCAGUGCUUAGAAGAAAGAGUACGCACUGGAACACUCAGCAGUGUAACGUUGCAAGGAGUCUAUUGUAUAGAUUAGUGCCAGGCAGUUGGUCUGUCACUGCAGUCACUACAGUACCGCACUUUCUGAUCGGGUCAUAACACUCUGCAUGCACAGACUGACAGAAAGUGUUAUUAUUUUAAAUGCCGCGUCAUUGUGUCAUUUAGAUUUUUGAUAUGAUUAUUAAAUUCACGUUUACAUAACUUAGUUUGGUAGCCAAAUGCACCAAAUUGGAUGAAGACUUUUUUGCACCUUACGUUUCCAAUGACAAUUUCACACGACGCCUAUAGUUUUAGUCUUGUUCCAUACUGGGAAGGCUGGCAUCGGUGUGAUAGGCCUCUCCAGCUGUGAGGGGAUAACUAUGCAGAGUCUGGCCAUACAGGCAGUUUACAAAUUUCAUGUGUUUGUACAUACAAAGUUAGGUCCAUUCCAUGUACACUUUCGAUUUAAGCACUCCAAUCACACCACACCUUAUUGUAAUGAGUAGAGAAAGCUGUAGUGAAAUUCUCCACCCUGUCAGCUGAUUGGCUUACAGAAUGGAUCAUUUUAGGUAUCCUACUAAUUAAAAUGAUAGAGACACCAUGUCACCAAGCAUUAAUAAGAAUGCCAUUCAGGUUUUCUACUUUUGUUUUCACUGAUUCACUUAGCCUUUAAAAACAAUACAUAUAGGGAUGAAAUAUUAGCUGUAGUUCUGUCCCUGCUCAUAAUAAUAUUGUCACCCUUGGGAUAAUUUUAUAAUCAUUCAAGUGCCAAGAGUCUCCUCCUUUUUCUACGGUUUUGUACAAACUCCAUAGGGCGUUGGUUGGUGCCUCCUUAACUGGGUGUCUCCAGAUUUUAUCCAGUUGGAUAGUGCAUAUAAUGCACAAGCAGAACAAGUGCGAGUCAUUGGUGAAAAUGGUUAAAUUUCUACGAUGUGGUUAUUUAUUAAAACCAAAACUUUGCCAUCAGUGAAAAGAAAUGUCCUGUAGACUGAAGAAUAGGCUGUUGAAUAAAGAAACGUCAUGCUCGGGCUAGCCAGAAAUGUAUUCCUUCCAGGAUAGGAAUGCCAAGGGGGAUACAGCACAGUGGGGACCUUAUAAUAAUUUUUUUAAUUUAAUAUUCUUCCUGGGUUACAUAUUAAUAUUAUACAGCGUACACCCUUAUGUUUGUCUUUAGGCCAUAUAAAGACUGUCGCAAAAACACACACUAAAGUUCAAUUACACUAUAAAAUAAGGAAUGUCAGGAAAAAACAUAAUACACUUUCUACCUCUGUUUCAGUUUUUGGAACAUCUAAUUCUUUAUUCCGUAUAGCAGAAUACUUCUUCCAAUAAAAAUAACCAGAUUAUAAACAAAAUAAUAGUAAAAACCCUUAAAAUAAAACUGUAUGGUUUGGUUUAACAUAAUUUUAUUUUUACUGCCAGGAGCAGCAGGUGGUUUUAGUGGGAGAGCUUUUAAAAAGGUGAAAUGAGGACAAUUGCAAGCAUUUCUGGUUUUGCACUUUGAGCAGAAGACAAAGAAACAAAACAAAACAUAAUGUUAUCAACAAGCACAAAAUUAUAUACAGUGACAUAAUGUUAACAAAGUACUUGUGGGUUUUUUCGCAUUCACCUUCAAACACAAGGACCCCUAAUAUUGUGUGUAAACGUUGCAGAUAAGAUUUGUUUUUUUUUCUUUGUUUUUUUUUUAAAAUGAGGUAAAAUGAUGUUCGUCUGUUAAGUAUUUGAUAUAAGAUGUUUGAGCAUUGUAUUUAUAGCAUCCUGACUUGCUUUAAGGUGUACAGGUACAGUAUAGGUUUGAAUUGGAUUCGUAGUGGUUAUUAAGUAUGAAAAGCUAUAUAAAAAUAGAGCUUCAACAUGUUUCAGCUUAUAAAUACAAAAAAAACAUCAUUAAGUCAUUACAAUUUUAAGAUAAGUAAACUUUAGUCAGUGACGUUAAGGAGGUAAUGUUUAUUUUGUGAUUGAAUUACAAAGCAUGUGUCUUUACCACUUCUGAAACCAUUGUUUUUAUAACAUUUUAUAACAUUUUGCUGUGGCUUUACAUUGAGAGGGGCAAGUUAUGCCCCAUAAUGAGAAAUUCAGGAAUAAGAAUACAUUUUUCAUGCAUGAAAUGACGACAUUUUGCUUACUUUGAAACAUCUAUGUUAUGCUCAGUACAAAACUGGUGAAUAAAUAAACUUAUGAUUAAAUUAAAUAAAUAAUAAAAAAAAAAAAAAAAAAAAAACAUUCCACAAACAAUAAAACCAAACCUAUCUCCAGAGUGGCAGAAGGAAUCAAACCAUACAUCCGAUUUAACGGUAAUUUAUUUACUGUGGCAACUCUAGUCCAGUCAUAAUCACUGUUGGAAAGUGACUGUGCAGUAAAUUAAUAAACAGUUGUCCAUCUCUAAAUAAUCAUUUGUGUACUAAUUGAGAUUUUGCAUUCUCAACAUCACGUAGAAGAUUUUCUUUUAUACAAAUGUAUAACCGGUGUUAGAUGUGUGCCAGCUUUUGUAAUCGGGCCCUAAAAGAGGUUAGUGAGUUGGAACCUCAUGCCUUAAGGGAACGCUUGCUUCGCCAAUGUCUGCACUUACUACAUGCAGAACUACAUACUUACUUGAAAGGUGUUUUAUAAAUUGGAGUUUUAACAAUUUUCAGUGCAUGUUUCAGCAUUCUGAAUGAUCCUGUUCAGCCAUUCCCGUUUGUCCAAAUUAUUAAUCUUGCAUGAACACACUCAGAACUAGGGGGCAGAUGUAUUAACCUGGAGAAGUGAUAAAGCAGUGAUAAGUGGAAAGUGAUAACGCACCAGCCAAUCAGCUCCUAACUGUCGAUUUACAUAUUGGAGCGUAUUGGCUGGUGCGUUAUCACCUUGCACUUAUCACUGGUUUAUCACUUCUCCAGGCUUAAUACAUCUGUCCAAGGUUACCAUUGAUGGUAAUAAUGUAAAUCAAUCUAAACUAACAUGUUUGAGUAUGUGUAACAAAAAAAAAUAAUCACUGCAUCCUAUUUUAUGUUUCGUUCUGUAGCGGAACAAGGAACAUGAUUUUAAAGAAUAUGCAAAAUUGGUAUCUAUCAGACAUAAUUGCCAUGUAAUUGUAGGCCUUCAGGCUUUAAAGAGCCAUAUGAAGUUGUUUUCUUUGUAAAAUGUUGUGUACUAACACUGCAGUGUCCUUCUAAAGAGCGAGUUGUACAUAUUAAAGGACAGCUAUAGCAAAAUGUUAAAAUAAUUGCAGUUUUCUCACAGAAAGUUGUUUUUUUAUUACAAUUUGUUCCUUGUUUAAUACUUCAGAAUGCAAUGAGAUAAUACUCAGACCUUGCUAUAAAUGCCUAUGCCAGUGGUUUCCAAACUUUUUUGAAUCACGGCGCCCUAGAAUAUCAGAAUUUUUUUCAAGGCACCCCUAGGCCAAAAAUGUCUUAUUGAGAAAUUUAGAAAGUAAUAUUACAUUAAGUAGAUGGCGUUUAUAUGUUAUCCUUAGGGUCAGUUUUGUGGUGAGGGACAAGAUUUGCUUCUGUUUGGCCAAAUAUUUUAUGACUGGCAGCCACCUGCACUGGUUUUGCCUAUUAUAUUGACUAUGAAUAAUUUGAAUUGGUCCUGGACCACCAACCCAGGGCACCCCUGCAAGUGUCCCGAGGCACCCCGGGGAGCCACGGCACACAGUUUGGGAACCUCUGGCCUAUGCUCACAGUAUAAUAGUCUUUAGUAUUCUGACUAGGCAUUUUGCUGCUGUCAGAUUUUAUAAACAUUGUAAAGCCAAUUAUAUGGUGAGUGUAGAUGUGUAUAGCAAACUCUGAUAUCUUCUAUUGCAUUUGACAUUUGUUUACAUUUUGAUCAUUGUUUAUUUUCUAAUAAAGGACAAAUAGUGCAAUCCUGAAGAAAAUCUAAGAGUAGAAAUAGAUGCAUAUAACCACUUUGUUAAAAACAAUCGGCAAAAGAAGAUCUACUAUAUGUUGUUGAGAAUGAAAUGCUUAAUUCACAUUGUUUGGUACAAGUGCUAACAACAGAUGACAAUAGAUUAGAAAAAGGACAAUAACUGAAGUAUACAAGAUUACAUCUUGAAAAUUUAUUAAAUUGUUGAUCAAUUGAUUCUUACGUCUAGUCUUCCAGAAUGGAUGCUGCUCGAGCACCCUGUUCUGAAAGAAUGGUAAGAUAUUACCAAGUUUAAAUGCAGAUCAAUAACUUGCAAUUUUCUAGCAUAGUCAUUUCUGCAAUUGUUUAAUUUUUACAAUGUUUUUGUAUAGUUUCAUAAGUUAUUUCUGCUGUCUUUUGGUUUUGGAGAGCAAAUGGAAUUGUUUAAUUCAGGGGUAAUGUUACCCUCUUUUUUUGUACAAGUGUAUAUAAAAAUAUGUUCAAAUAAAAAAUGCCAUACA